AUGCCUGGACAAGAACUCUUCCAACCAAAUCCACCUGCUGACCCUUCCCAGCUCCCGGAUUCCAUCCUCGAGUACAGCGUCAAGCUCAACACCAAAGAUUACCUUAAACCCGAUGAACUCAAGAAUAUCCAAAUGUUCCGUCGCGCUGCAGACUACAUCGCAGCGGCGAUGAUAUUCUUGAACGACAACGUUCUUCUCAAAGAUAAACUCACCCACGAUCAGAUCAAGCCUCGUCUUCUUGGACACUGGGGAACAUGCCCCGGUCUUACCAUGGUAUAUGCGCACAUCAACAGGCUUAUUCGCAAUAACGGAAUUGAGGCACUCUAUGUCGUCGGCCCCGGUCAUGGAGCUCCAGCAAUCUUAUCUUGCUUGUGGCUAGAGGACUCCAUGAGCCCUUUCAUGCCCGAGAUUACUCAAGAUAACGCCGGGCUCAAGAAGCUGAUCUCGCGAUUCAGUGCCCCCGGAGGCUUCCCAAGUCAUAUCAACGCUGCCACCCCAGGCGCCAUCCACGAAGGUGGUGAGCUUGGGUACGCGCUCAGUGUUUCCUUUGGUGCCGUCAUGGACAAGCCCGACCUCGUCGUCGCUUGCAUUGUCGGUGACGGUGAGGCCGAGACAGGUCCCACUGCAACUGCCUGGCACGCAUACAAGUACAUCGACCCCGCCGAGUCUGGCGCCGUCAUCCCUAUCGUCCACGUCAAUGGCUUCAAGAUUUCUGAGCGUACUAUCUACGGCACGAUGGACAACAAAGAAAUGACCGCCCUCUUCACCGGUUAUGGUUAUCAAGUCCGAAUUGUCGAAGAUCUCGAAAACAUCGAUCAAGAUCUCGCUGCCUCUAUGGAUUGGGCUCUUGGCGAAAUCCGCACAAUCCAGAAGGCUGCACGCUCAGGAAAUCCCAUCGUCAAGCCCAGAUGGCCAGUACUCAUCCUCCGUACACCCAAGGGUUGGUUCGGUCCCAAGGCCUUCCACGGAGAGCUCAUCGAGGGCUCCUUCCACUCUCACCAAGUCCCCUUACCUAACGCAAAGACCUCUGAUGAAGAACUUUCUGCACUUCACGAUUGGCUCAGUUCCUACAAGCCCGAGGAACUCUUCACCGAGUCGGGUGUGCCCGUCCCAGAGGUGCUCAGCAUCAUUCCGGAAAAGGCACAACUCAAGCUCGGUCAAAACCCCGACAGCUAUAGCACAUACGUUCCUCUGAUCACUCCAGACUGGAAGCCUCUUUGCGGAGAAAGGGGCUCGCAAGAUAGUUGCAUGAAGGCCGUUGGUCGCUUCCUUAAGGAAGUUGUCAAAGAGAAUCCCACUACCUUCCGAGUUUUCUCCCCCGAUGAAUUGGUUUCCAACAAGCUUGACGCCGUCCUCGACGACAGCGGCCGUAACUUCCAAUGGGAUAUCGCCUCUCGCGGUAAGGGAGGUCGUGUAAUUGAAAUCCUUUCCGAGCACACUUGCCAAGGUAUGCUCCAAGGCUACACCCUCACCGGCCGUACCGGUCUCUUCCCAUCCUACGAAGCCUUCCUCGGCAUCGUCCACACCAUGAUGGUCCAGUACGCCAAGUUCGCCAAAAUGGCCGUUGAAACUACAUGGCGCCAGGACGUCGGCUCGCUGAACUAUAUCGAAACAUCGACGUGGGCGCGUCAAGAACACAACGGGUUCUCGCAUCAGAACCCAAGCUUCAUCGGCGCCGUCUUGAACCUCAAGGCCCGCUUCGCUAGGGUCUACCUCCCUCCUGAUGCCAACUGCUUCUUGUCGACUGUGUCUCACUGCUUGCGGGCGAAGAACUACGUCAACUUGAUGGUAGGCAGCAAGCAACCGACCCCGGUGUGGUUGUCUCCCGAAGAAGCCGACCAACAUUGUAUCGCUGGUGCCUCAAUCUGGAAGUUUGCUAGCACCGACGGUGGUGUUGACCCGGACGUCACUCUUGUUGGCAUUGGUGUGGAAGUCACCUUUGAAGUUAUUGCCGCCGCUGCCCUCCUCCGCAAGCUCGUCCCAGAACUCCGCGUCCGCGUCGUCAACGUCACGGAUCUCAUGAUCCUCAGCUCUAGCGGCACGCACCCGCACUCGCUCACCGACGAGGCCUUCGACAGCCUCUUCACCAAGGACAAGCCAAUCCACUUCAACUACCAUGGUUACCCCAUCGAGCUGAAGGGUCUGCUGUUCGGCCGCCCGCGGUUGGAUCGUAUUACAAUGGAGGGAUACAAGGAGGAGGGAACGACUACUUCGCCUUUCGAUAUGAUGCUUUGCAAUAACACAUCGAGAUAUGAUGUUGCUAUCGCUGCUGUUCGUGCUGGUGCACGCGUCAACCCCAAGGUGGCUGUCGACGCCCACGCGAAGGAGUCGUAUAUCAAGCAUCUCAUCAAGAAGGAUCGUGAUUUCAUCCUCGAACACGGAAAAGAUCAAGACGACUGCUUCGAUACUCCCAAGUUCGAUUAA